AUGCCAAGAGAUGUAGCAGCUGAAGAUUACUAUAGUCGUAGUGGAAACUCAUCUCAAGGAAGUCGAAGGAGACCUAGACGUGUGAGAGAAGGUAGAGAAAGAAACGGUGAUAACAUUGGAGGGCUGAAGUUUAAAAUUCCACCAUUCAUUGGAAAGAAUGAUCCAGAUGUCUACUUGGAGUGGGAGAAGAAGGUUGAGCAAGUUUUCAAUUAUCAACACUAUUCUGAGAUCAAUAAGGUGCGAAUGGCGGCUGUUGAGUUUAGUGAGUAUGCGCUUAGCUGGUGGGAUCAGUUGGUGACUUCACGAAGACGUAAUGGCGAAUUUCCGAUUGAGACUUGGGCUGAGAUGAAGGCUAUCAUGAGGAGAAGAUUUGUGCGAAUGGCGGCUGUUGAGUUUAGUGAGUAUGCGCUUAGCUGGUGGGAUCAGUUGGUGACUUCACGAAGACGUAAUGGCGAAUUUCCGAUUGAGACUUGGGCUGAGAUGAAGGCUAUCAUGAGGAGAAGAUUUGUUCCUGGUCAUUACCAUCGCGAUCUACGUCAAAAGCUAAGGAGACUGACUCAGGGAAGUCGAAGUGUGGAGGACUACUACCAGGAGAUGGAGAUUCUUUUGAUAAGAGCUGAUGUUGUUGAGGACCGAGAAGCUACUAUGGCUAGAUUCAUGAGUGGAUUGAACCGAGAUGUCCAGGACAGGCUUGAGAUGGAGCAUUAUGUGGAGAUUGAAGAAAUGUUACACAAAGCAAUCUUGGUGGAAAAGCAACUUAAGAGAAAAAGUUCUACGCAGAUAACUUAUGGUGCUAGUUCAUCUAACCCAAAACCAAGUUACCAGAAGGGAGAAAAGUCAGUUGCUCUACCAAAGGAUGAAGCAAAGCCAUUUGUUGCCAAUCAAGUUGCCAAGGACAAAGCUGAGGCUACCAGAACCCGAGCUCGAGAUGUGACGUGUUUUAAGUGUCAUGGGAGAGGACACUAUGCGCAUGAGUGUUCCAAUAGAAGAGCCAUGAUUCUCUUGGAGAAUGGAGAGAUGGAAUCAGAAAAUGAAGAGGUGGUUUCUGAAUCACUAGAAGAACUUGAAGAAAUUCCAGCAAAAGGCGAGAUAUUGGUGGUUAGUAUCCAAGUAAAGGUUCCUAUUGUCAUUGGGAAAUAUGAGGAUGAGGUUUUGUGCGAUGUUCUACCUAUGGAGGCUAGUCAUAUUCUUCUAGGAAGACCAUGGCAAUCUGACUGGAGAACAAGCCAUGAUGGUUUCACCAACCGUUAUUCUUUUGAGUUCAAAGGCAAGAAAAUCAUCUUAGUUCCAUUGACACCUCAUGAAGUUUAUCAAGAUCAGUUGACAAUUCACCAAAAAGAGAGCGAGAGUUUGAGAAAAACCAAGUCAAAGGCCUGUGAGAGUAAACCCGUGAGACUUUCAAAUUUCUUUGUGAGAAAAGGAGAGGUUAAGAGAGCUUUAUUUUCUAAACAACCUUUGAUUAUGUUUGUUUACAAUGAAACUCUCAUAAGUUUUUCUGACCGUGCACCGGUGUUACCGAGUGAGAAAACAUUUCUUUUGCAGGAUUUUGAGGACGUAUUCCCGGAGGACAAUCCGAAAGGAUUACCACCCAUCCGUGGUAUUGAACACCAAAUAGACUUUGUUCCUGGUGCAUCACUUCCAAACCGACCAGCUUAUAGGACUAAUCCCGUGGAGACCUUGGAGUUACAAAGACAAGUUAGUGAGCUCAUGGAAAAGGGACAUAUCAGAGAGAGCAUGAGCCCAUGUGCGGUCCCAGUCCUACUUGUGCCCAAAAAGGAUGGAAGUUGGCGCAUGUGUGUUGAUUGCAGAGCUAUCAACAACAUCACGGUAAAGUAUCGACAUCCUAUUCCUAGGCUUGAUGAUAUGCUUGACGAACUGUAUGGUUCUAGUGUCUUUUCUAAGAUAGAUCUCAAAAGUGGAUAUCACCAAAUACGCAUGAAAGAGGGUGAUGAAUGGAAAACUGCUUUCAAAACUAAGCAUGGGUUGUAUGAAUGGUUGGUUAUGCCUUUUGGACUAACAAAUGCACCCAGCACUUUUAUGAGGUUGAUGAACCAUGUCUUGAGAAAAUUCAUUGGAAUCUUUGUUGUAGUUUACUUUGAUGAUAUCUUAGUCUAUAGCAAAAAUCUGGAAGAACACGUUCUGCAUUUAGAAGAGGUUCUUACAAUUCUUAGAGAGGAAAAGCUGUUUGCCAAUCUUAAGAAAUGCACUUUUUGUACGGAUAACCUUGUCUUUCUAGGUUUUGUUGUGAGUGCAGAUGGCAUUAAGGUUGAUGAGGAGAAAGUUAAAGCUAUAAGAGACUGGCCAAGUCCAAAGACUGUUGGAGAAGUGAGGAGCUUUCAUGGACUAGCUGGAUUCUAUAGGCGCUUUGUGAAGGACUUUAGCACUAUAGCUGCACCACUUACAGAAGUCAUCAAGAAGGAUGUUGGAUUCAAAUGGGAGAAAGCUCAAGAAGAAGCAUUCCAGGCUUUGAAGAGAAACUUACAAACGCCCCACUCUUAA